AUGGAAAACGUAAAAGCAAUAUGGAAUCGAUACAAAAUGGUCACCCAAGGAGAUGUAAGGAAAAAACCUUUGUAACCAUUUACAAUGGAUUAAGGUCUGUUUGUCAGUUUUUUCAAUCGUAAUUUAGGACGGGAGUGAUAAAAAGGCUGAUGAUGAUGAUGAUAUUAAUAAAAUUAAAAUUGUUUUGACAUGACUCUAUACGUUUAUAACCAUUCUUCUGUACUUGCAUAAUUCCGUUUCUGUACCACGUGUUCUGCAACUGUGUCACCGAAAGCCAGGAACAUUUGCAAGCUUAUCUCGUUUUUCAUAAAACCGAAACAGGAAUUUAUAUGCAAUCGUAAGUCUAAAAUAUACAUGGAUAUAAAGCUAAGCGAUGCUUUUGACGUUUUCCAAGAGCACGUACUAUGGGAUAUACCCUGGGGGCGGAGCAUGCGCCUUAGAUCCGCCAUCACCGGUGAACAGUCAGCCCGGAUGGAUCAUGGUGGCAGCUGGACAAUAUGACUACCAGAAGUCUGUUGGGUGCGGCAUGUGCAUCGAAAUCACGGCCAACGGAGAGCAAACGAGCCCUGAAACUGGUGGGCCCACGCCUAUGAAAGGCACCUAUAAGGCUUACAUUGUAGAUCUAUGUGGAAGCUGCAAUCAAGGUUUGUUUAUCUCCUGUAUGAAGCAAUAUCUAAAGGAGCAAUCAUUACAUACUUCGAAAUUCUAUUCUAUAAGCGAUUUCAUUCAUCCAUUCGAAGAGAAUGAGGCGAGAGCUGGCUAUCCUACAUCAAAUCCAAGAGUUAGCUUGAAAUUAUGCUCAAAUGUAUGUCCAAAAACUGUGCUAAGUAGAUUCCGUUUUGUUGUCUCCGGCUCUGGCAUAUACGUACUAUUUCAUAGUUAUAAACUGGAAGGCGUAGGGCUUCGAAAUUACUUUAAUUUUACUCCGUAGGGUACGAUCUACUUAUAUCCCUAUAAAAAAAAUGUGUCUUUUCUUCCAGCCGGUUUUGAUUUAUAUAUUAGCGGUUAUGGCAAAUACAAGACCUCUUUUAAAGCAGUUUCAUGCCCCAGUGUACCUGGUCAAGAGGGGAAUAUUCAAUUCCGUUUCUCUGGAAGCAAUACUUGGGCCAUUAAACUACAGGCUCGAAUUUCCAAGUGAGUCACGUAAUCAAUAAUUUUAAUGUUCGGUAAUGCUUGUAAGGGGGGAGCCACACAAACGGUUGGCAGGGGCAUAACCAGAAUUUUUCCAGGGGUACGCACAAUUUUCCCGGUCCUCUUCCACAUCCCCAUCCCACCCUCCCCCAACUCUCAACCACGUUUUAAUGCUUCAUCGAGCUUAACGUUAUCUGCGCCGACUUUUCCCUGCCUUUUCUCAAAAUAUAUCGGUCUACCAUUGAAUCACGCCUGGAAACCGACAUUCAGGAGUAAUUUCCAUUCCAAUGUUUUGGAAUUUUUGCCCUCAAUUUUUCACAUAAGUACGCGCGUACCGUGCGAACAGGUAACUAUGCCCCUGUUUUCGCCCCAUGUAAGGAAAUUCGGAUUCUGGAAUCCGUGCAAUCUUGCUUCCGGAUUGCGGAUCCUGAGGCCCGUUUCUCGAAAGUCCCGAUGGGUGCCAUCCAUUCAACCAAAAUUCCGAUCGGUCCGACCGGGAAAAGUGGUCCACCUCAAAGGUGGACCAGUUUUUUUUAAACUUUUCCGGUUGGACCAAACCGAUGCAUUGAGUCUUGGACCCAAAUUUUGGUUGAAUGGAUCGCGCCCGGUAACUUUUCGGGCCCGAAAUUAAAUAUUCAAAUCAAAAUCUAAGGAAUAAAAGCGCGGGUUCUGGCUGAAAAACCAGUCCAUUUUGUUUUGUUAACUGAUAGCUUUAUCAUGUUUUGCUGCAAAACUAUUGAAACUUCGAUAUUGAAUCAAACAACAACAGCUUUCCGGGUCCGUAAACUGAGGGACUUCCGAGAAAUGGGCCCCUGGGCCUCAGAAUCCGGAACGCAGCUACAGUCCCCUACAUGACGUGACUGCUUACAGUAAGUCCUUUUAAAAUUUAGCACAAACCCGCGGAUCCAGGGGAGGGGCCCGGAGGGCCUGCUUCCCCUUUUAUUUUUUAGACCAAACCGCAUUGAAGCCUGAAGGGCCAAAAAAAUUUGUUUUAGAGACCCCCCCCCCUUAUCUGAGGGUCUGAGAUAAGGGGGAACGGUCUCAAAAAAAUUUGUUUCGUCCCUUAGGGCCUCAGUUUGGUCUAAAAAUAAGAAGGGGGGUGCCGACCCUUCCGGGCCCCUCCCCUGGAUCCGCCAGUGUUAUGUUCAUAUUAUUUUCAAACAAGUCUAUUUGCAUUGUUCAUGGCCCUAAUCAGGAGCCUAUAUGGGCUCCUGGCCUAAUGUUUCCUUGCUCUAAAGGGUGGUGACUGUGGGUAUGGAGAUCGAGCACAACAACAAAUGGGUUUGUAUGGAGAAGACAGGUGACAAUUACUUUUCCAUUAACGGAGUGGGAGAGGUGCAGUUCCCAAAAAGAUUCCGAUUAACGAGCAUCAGUGGGGAGCAACUACUAAGCACAGUUCCUGGCAUUAAGAACGAUGAGAACAUCCCAACAGACAUUCAAUACUCCGAUUUCAAUCCAAGUAAGAAAUAUUCCUACUGUUUUAACUAAAUUUUGGCAAAUACAGCCAACUCUUUUUCAACGGACGUCUCUAUACUGAGACGGACUCCUCCGGACACCUAGAAUUGGUCCCUGCCUUUCUUUUCUUCACUUCCUUAGUUUGACUUUCUCUAUAUAUGCAAUAUUUUGAUCCCCCUCUGGUUGUGGAUAUGAGUGGCUCAUUUCACUCGCUACAAAAGAACAUUGGUGUUGCAUUCUCUUACUAGCUAUAUAGUUUAUAUUGCUUAACUUCCUUGUAUGUAUAGUUUUAAUUAUUUAGAAAGCUCCCCGCUCAUCUGAUUACUUCUGAUAUCUAUUUUCCUACAAUAUUAAUAGUGGAGGUAUUUUUCAUAUUUUUUGUCAUUGUCAUUGUCAUUGUUGUUUGUUUGUUUGUUUUUCUUUUGUUAAUAAUUUACUUGGCUUUUAAUUGUUUGUUGAAUUUGAACUUGCUGUCGGAAACUGAAUGACCAUUUGUUCUCUCAUUAUCAGACAGUAAUCCUGAAAACAUCAAAUGCUUUGGACAAGGCGAAAGCGCAGGACAGUGUGAGUACCUUGCAUCAAUCAUGUUAUUAGAAUUAAUUAGAAAGCAAGCGCAUCUUUUUGGGCAUGAUACGUGUUUUUGAAGUGCUAAAAUUUUCUCAGGAUUAAAGCUCUUGCUAAAGUUGCCUCGUUUGGAUAGGUGACCCUCUUUUCAGCGAAAACUUUUCUCCAUACAAACUAGGCCUUAGGCCUUAGGCCAAGGCCAAUUAACGUCGAACUUUUGUUUUUGAUCAUACGUCGAACUAAUGAAGCGUCAAACCAAUCAGACUUCAUCAUCUAGAACAGACUGAUAGAAAGUGUUGGUCGAUCCAAACGUAACUGUCAUUCGGACGAACUUAACUGAGACAGACGUCGAACUUUUCAUAAACUUAAUCCACCCAGUUUGGUUCGUCCCAUGCAAAAAUCGACGUUUGGCUUUGGCCAUUCUUAAACUGCCGUUGUUGUUGAGAAAAUUGUAGCUUUUAGACUACAGCUGAUCAAUCUAUACUUAUAACCAGUUCGAUUAUGUUUCCUUGUUCUUCUUUGAAGCCUUUGACUGUUUAUUUAAAAAAUCCGUAUUUUUUAGCCAUAUUUUCCAAACUCAACGUGUUAUACUGCUACCCGUAAUUUUCUAGUACCAAAGAGCGACCAAGCAAGAACCUUAAUCUCCCUCCUUUUGGUCUGCCAGUCACUCUGUAUGGUACGAAUUAAGCAAUGCGCUCCAGCCUACGUUCAAAAUCAAGAUCUCUGGCCUAUCAUUUGAAUGCGAUCGCUCGCGCACUUUCCAAUUUCUCUUGCGCUGCUGCCAAGUGUCGUGCGCUUUCUGAUUUUAAAAAUUCUGGAAGUCUGUCUCAGCUGAAACUAAAAAUUAAAUAGGAAGACCAGUUAAACUGUAGUAAGUGGCUGGUGGGUAGAUACAAGAUCAGAAGCUCACAGCUGACAUGGUGAUUUCUAAUAAUCAAUACACCUGUUUGAAGGCGGACAGGAAGUUGAAAAAUAGUUAUAAAAGCUGUUUUCGAGUUUUCAAUUACCAAAGUUUGGCUAUUCAAAUGUAAGAUAACGAACAGCAAUAUCAUGAUAAUGUUUCCAAUUACAUUUCACGAAAGCCGAAGCUUUAGACUUGAUAAAGACAAACCGUCUAUUUUGUCAUACACCCACUGAAGCAUGCAUUGAAAGAGCUUAAAUUAGUCAUGAAAUAAUAUUUAUUUAUAAUACAGCGACAAUUUGGACCUUAAACCUAAACCAAACACUUUAGAGGCUACCAGUAGGAUCCUCUCCUAUUACAGUUUUCCUGCUAUCAAAUUGUCGACGUAACUUUAAGGUAGGCAAACUAAACAGAGGCUUAUUUUCCUUGUAAAUGCAGUGGUGCUAUUUCUCCUUGUCCCUCGCGAUCGCCAUAACAGUUCAGACCAGGCUGAGUUGGACGACAAACUGCUGCCCUUAUCACGCAAAGAAAACCAUUCGUAAUGAUUCUCACCAGUCUCAAAAAUGAGAGGUGCGACCCAGAAAGAGGAUUGCAAAAUACUGAAUGGCCAUUUGAUAUCUUUGAAAGCCUGAUAUUACUGUGCCUUGCCCGUUUUACACGAUUUUAAAAAACCAACUGAUACCCAGUAUUCUCUCUUGUUAAAUUGUAUCGUCUAUAUUCAUUACUUGUGUUAUUCUUCUAGGUUGUGUGGGAAUGGAGCCAAGGGAUAUUAAGAUAAAACCAUUUUUAAAAACAAACCACUCGCCCGCGGCUCUUGGUUCAGGUGUUGGUUCCACUCGAGUUUUAAACAUUUAUACGUCAUUUCCAUGGUCGAUAAAAUUAUGGUCUAUGGAAAAUUGUUGUUGUUGUCUUUUUUUUUUAACAGUAAUAUUGACAAUUUUUGACGUCCAUUUUCGUUGAAGUUUCUUGGAAAAACCUCGCUCGAGGAAAUAGAAAAUGAACUGAAAUAUUGCGACAUCAUCAUUAUGUUACUUCUACAGUCUACACUGUUAUCAACUGUGGCUCUCAACCAAUCAGCGAGAGACAUACUGCCCUGUUAUUGGAAAAAGGUGCGUCCCUGUCAACUCUAGCAAAGCCACUACAUAAAAAAUCAGUCGUUAAGUUAGUGUGUAUUUUCAAACAGACUGCAAAUGUUCAGGAUCCUCCCAGCCCUUUGAAAAUAAGAGAGAUUGAAAGAGCAUAACACAAAUAGUGAGUCUGCAAAUGUUAAGGUUUUGAACUCUUACGUGUGCGACUGAUGUGGUCCGGUUUGAAAUAGGGGAAAGAAUACUACAUUGAUCAAUGGUCAAUGCUUUUUUCCAACAUUUGUAAAAUCGUAGUCUUAAGUGUCAGUGUAUUGCUCAAGUUGUAUCACAAAAUUUUGCAAGCUGUGAGGGGCCUAUGGCAAAAUAGGAACACAGUAGGAAACGCCCUUUUAUUUUUAUCAGUCGGGAAAAGGGAGCAAGCAAGGUUUCCAUUUGUUCUCUCCUAAUUUCCAUGUGCAACCGCUCAAGGAGUUUUCGGCCUUUCCACCUCGUCCUUUGGGUACGCAAAAGAGCACACACGGCGCCAAGGCAAAACGCAAUCGGCAUAAACGCCUUUUUAUGUGAUUCUGGUCAAAUAACAACAAAUUAAACACACCAUCAUAAGGAACAAAUUUUGACCAAAUCGCAACAGUCAGAAUAGACACUCAGUUAUCGGCAAGCAGAUAACUAACUUUAUAUUUUAUUUUUAUUUAUUUUAUUUUAUUUACCACACAAUAAUUACAAAAAAAUAAAGGAAAAGAGAGAAAAAACGAAGUGGCGAGGAAACCUAACAGAAACUAUAGGAGCUUAUGAGAGGUUAGGCCUUCUCGAACUACGGGUUAGAGCUGUUUAACAUCAAUUAAAAAAAAGAUGGCGAAAAGUCGAAAAUGGAAAGAUUUAUGAACUGUUUUCAUAUUCAUUCGAUAAAUAUAACUUGUGGAUUGUGCUGAUUUCCAACGAGAACAUCGGUCGUAGAGUAAGUACAAUCACUAAAAUGUAUACAAAUGUUAGUUUAUGCUACGUAUUUACUCUCACCCUGGCCACCUCAGUAUUUGGCUAAGCUAGAUGGCGCCGGUGGCGUGAAAUUUGUUGAGGCUGACAAUUGCUUUGAAAUAUUCUCUCGGAAUUUGCAGUCAAAUUUUUCCUUCAAACCCAUUCUCGCUGCAGGACCUUUAUCUCUAAAGCAAGCAAAAUCGUUUGCUCGCUCUGGACACAUUCUAUCACGUUUUAUCUUAAUUAUUCUUUAUUUUUUGUCGUUAUUUUCUCAGUAAAACCGUACUUCAAUAAUUCAUGGCUAAUGAAAGAAUAUCUUCGUGAAACCCUUCGCACUAACCCAAGCUAAAUCUGGCUAUCUCAAGAUUUUUUUCUCCUUUUUCUUGUUCGUUCGUAGAUGGUGACCUUCUCACUUUUUAUACUUUUGUUGCUCCAAAUGAGAAUCGAAAAGGUAAUAAUGUGUUCAAGUGUAUUGUAUUGUGAUUAUGUGCUGGGUUCCAUUUUUUCUUUUCCAAACAAUCUUACUUUCGUGAGUCAGUGUUGUAGUGUUGGACAAAUGCCCAAUUUGGCACACAUUGGGUCAGCUAUAGGAAAAUUAAGACACCCUUAAUUUUAACUGUAAAUGUUUUUACAUUUAGGUUAAAAAAAAAAAAAGAGAAAAACUCGUCGAAACCCUACUUUGUUAAACUGUUGAACCUUUCAGUAUUAAGCGGCCACCACCGAAGCUGCAUAAUUGCAUAACCAUGCACAAGAUAUUUAGAUUCGCGUUGUCUUGUGACCAUCAUAUUUUUAAUAAAUAGCAAAUGGGCGGAAUACGGUAAAUAAAUGUGAACCACAUUACAUAUGUGGACAAGAAAUUGAACUGAUAACCCUUUGUACAUAGUACAUGCACCCUUUCAAAACAUAUAAAAGACUAAACUAUCACUUAACUUUUUUGGAAUACAAGAAAUAGCCUUCUAUUUUUAUUUGCAUCACUCUAAUUCGUCGACUAAUAAACUGUAUUAUUUUACAUGUUAAUAGACUGAAUCAGUUACGAUGGAAAAUGUGAAAGCGAUAUGGAAUCGAUACAAAAUGGUCACCCAAGGAGAUGUAAGAGAAAGAAAUUUUCGUAAGCAUUAACAGUGAGAUUGAAUUCUCUUUGUCAGUUGAUUUGUUUUCACGGUAUUAUAGGGCGAAAAUGAUGAAAAAGAAAAGCACAAUGAACCUCUUCCAAGGGGCAAAUCGGGGCCGGCUUUUUGAGUGGGGAAGGGGUCCUCUUAAAAAACUUUUAAGUCAGGUACGAAUGCCUUCUUAAUCAUACGCCCCCUCAUCCCUAGCUGCAUCCCUCCAAAAAAAGUAAACGAAUUAAUCAAUACUAGUACGUAAAUGUUUCAAUGAUGGAAUCUUCAGAUGACGAGAAAAAAAGUAAAAAUCAAAAUUCAUUCAUACAUGACUCAAUACGUUUCUAACCCCUCUGCUGUCUGUGCGUAAUUCCGUUUCUGUACCGCUGAAGCUGUAUCUCCUUUUUCAUAANGACUGAAUCAGUUACGAUGGAAAAUGUGAAAGCGAUAUGGAAUCGAUACAAAAUGGUCACCCAAGGAGAUGUAAGAGAAAGAAAUUUUCGUAAGCAUUAACAGUGAGAUUGAAUUCUCUUUGUCAGUUGAUUUGUUUUCACGGUAUUAUAGGGCGAAAAUGAUGAAAAAGAAAAGCACAAUGAACCUCUUCCAAGGGGCAAAUCGGGGCCGGCUUUUUGAGUGGGGAAGGGGUCCUCUUAAAAAACUUUUAAGUCAGGUACGAAUGCCUUCUUAAUCAUACGCCCCCUCAUCCCUAGCUGCAUCCCUCCAAAAAAAGUAAACGAAUUAAUCAAUACUAGUACGUAAAUGUUUCAAUGAUGGAAUCUUCAGAUGACGAGAAAAAAAGUAAAAAUCAAAAUUCAUUCAUACAUGACUCAAUACGUUUCUAACCCCUCUGCUGUCUGUGCGUAAUUCCGUUUCUGUACCGCUGAAGCUGUAUCUUCUUUUUCAUAAAAUCGAGAAAACAGAAAAAACGCUCAUGAUAGAUCCAUAAAGAUCUAAAAUUUUUAUUCAUGAAGUUAGCUAGCGAUGCUUCAUUUGACUUUUUUCAAGAGCACUUACUAUGGAAAAUAUCCAGGGGGCGGAGCAUGCGCCUUAGAUCCGCCAUCACCGGUAAACAGUCAGCCCGGAUGGAUCAUGGUGGCAGCUGGACAAUAUGACUACCAGAAGUCCGUUGGGUGCGGCAUGUGCAUCGAAAUCACGGCCAACGGAGAGCAAACGAGCCCUGAAACUGGUGGGCCCACGCCUAUGAAAGGCACCUACAAGGCUUAUAUUGUAGAUCUAUGUGGAGGCUGCAAUCAAGGUUUGUUUAUCUCCUGUAUGAAGCAAUAUCCAAAAGAGGAAUCAUUACAUUGACCAAAAAAUUUUACUGAUUCUGAAUCUUUUUUAUUCAUCCUUUGUUGUUUCUGGCGAAGAGAAAGAGGCGAGCGUGUGAUAUCCUGAUUAAAUUCAGAAGUUAGCAUCGAUAGCUUAAAAUAAUGCUCUUUAUUGUCCAAAAACUGUUAAGUCAAUCUACAAGAAAAAACUGUUGAGGGCGUGGCUUUCGAAACUACUUAUAUUAAGCAGGCUAUGAUUUCUUCAUUCGCCUUAUGAUAAACUGGCUUUUUCUCCAGCUGGCUUUGAUCUCUACAUUAGUGGUUAUGGCAAAUACAAGACCUCUUUUAAAGCAGUUUCAUGCCCUAGUGUACCUGGUCAACAAGGGAAUAUUCAAUUCCGUUUCACCGGUAGCAACCCUUGGUCCAUUAAACUACAGGCUCGAAAUUCCAAGUAAGUCACAAUAAUGUUGUAAGAGGGGAACCACACCCACAGUUACUAAUCUUUCCGUAAAUGUUUUUUAAGUUAAACACAAAACAGGGGCUUAGCUAGGGGUUCCUGGCUUGCCCUUGCUCCACCUCCCUUUGUGAGAUAGUUGUUUUAAAUGUCCCUAUAUUUCAGGUGGCGAAAACGCCCGUAACCGAAUCUUUUACAUCCAUGCCGAACCUUGCUAAAAGACAAAUUGACUGAUGAGCAGUUAAUACCAAAGCCCCGUUAGUUCCUUUUUUUUGGUGCAGACAGUCGCUUCAGUGUUUAACAUCUUCCAAGAAAACAGCUUUGGCGGAAAGGUUCCUCUUACGAUUUCAUGUUUUAAUUUUUCUUGCUCCAAUGGACCCCACUGUUUCCUUUCUCAAAAGGGUGGUGACGGUGGGCAUGGAGAUCGAGCACAACAACAAAUGGGUUUGUAUGGAGAAGACAGGUGACAAUUACUUUUCCAUUAACGGACUGGGAGAGAUUAAGUUCCCAAAAAGAUUUCGAUUAACAAGCAUCAGUGGAGAGCAACUAGUAAGU